CUCUGUGCACGAGUGUUACUCCAACGGCAACGCCGCCCUGCCACGGAUUCGAGAACGAUGCGCGUGCCAUCUUUACUACGACCGACGUCCCGCUUCCUUGCGCGGCCAGCGCCACGGGCCAUUACCCAGAGACAGUCAUGGAUCCGUUGCCUCGCCACAGAGACGAAGCCGGCCACCCUGGAUAGGCAUGAGGCCGUGGGACAUGUCCUUGCCAAAAGCAAGGAAGGCGGUCCGCGAUACCCUCGAAGCGUACAAGCCCUCUACCUCCAGCCACUCCGGCGCGAGGCCGAUUACGGUAUUCCGUCAUGCGAUCUUCAGCUACGCUCAUACAGCUUGAGGAACCUCGAAUUCUUUGCCGACUUUGCCCUCCGGGCAGCGUACUACUUGAAGCUCCCAGCCUUCGGUCCCGUGCCGCUGCCCCGAAUCACCGAGCGAUGGACAGUUCCCCGGAGUAGUUUCAUCUUCAAGAAGUCACAGGAGAACUUUGAGCGUGUCACGCUGCGUCGUCUCGUCCAGAUCCGCGACGGGAACCCGGAGACGGUACAACUGUGGCUGGCAUUUCUGCAAAAACACGCGUACUAUGGCAUCGGCAUGAAGGCCAAUGUCUGGGAUUUUGACAAAUUAGGUGUUGGCAAGACAAUGGACACAACGGAUGAAGGCACGGCCAAAGCUAUCGAGACCAAAUGGAGCCAUCUUGGUCAGAACCGGGACCUGAAUACAGUUGAGAAGGUGGAAGAAUUUUUAGCCAAGGUGAGGUUCGACGUCGACAGCGGCAAGUUGGCCGAAGGUGAGCGGCGGUUCGUCGAGGGGCAGUGGAAACGGGAGGUGGCCCUGAAGAGGAAGGCGGCGACAACGGUAGAGUCAGCGUCUUCCGAAGGAAUUGGAAGGACUUCAGAGUGACGAAUGCUUCCUACGCGAUUGUCGACCUAUCGGGAGGGAGAAGGAGCUGUAGAAUACGACAUGAGAUCGGUACUCAGUCAACCUUGUAUUACGUAUCUAGAAUGGGCUUCAUGCGCCCUAUGUAAAUCUUAGCAGAGGGAAAUGGUUACCCGGGUGGAAGUGCGAUCUAGAAGCAAUGCAUCUGUACCAGUGUUACCCG